CCCAAGUGUGGUAAGAGCGACCUGCGGUGCCUCGGCCAGCCCACGUCAACGCAUACAGCAGUGUGCUCCUGACUGAGGAAUGGCGUCAGUUUUGGCGCUCAUCGUUGCCGUCUUGUGAGGCUAACAACGAAGCGUCCUGGAACAACAAAAAGGAUCAGAACCUGCGUUGUGCGCAUCAGUGUUGGCGGCCGGGACAUGUGUCACUUUCAGUCCUCGUUCUCGCAAGAUUUCACGUGAGGAACGGCCGGCCUUUCUCGUUUUCUACCUGAUUCCUGCACACUUCUGUGCCAGAUGCAGCCUUGAUAGCCGUUACGAGGUGUUCAAUCUGACCGUGGAAACCAGACCGCCUGCAGUCAUAUCGCAAUUAGCGCGAGAUGGAUACGAUGUGAGGAAAGGCUUUCUGGAGCCAAAGACGAAAAGCCUUUGACGUCAUUUUCUUUCCUCCAGGUUCUUGACCGUGAUGACCUUGCCGGACAGCUACACAAAGGAGAACAGACUAUUUUCAAGAUAGUCUUAUCAGAUGAUACGGGAAAUGAUAUUCGAUACACGCUGAUCGUGCGACGCAAAAGUAACCUGACAAAAGCGAUGGGCAAAUGAUGAUGAAUGAUCAUUCAAUGAUCGGGAUGCAGUGGGCGAUUCGCUAGAGCUUCGGUCAGUGACAAUCGAGAGCGGGCGGCUCACACGACCAUACCACAAAGGGGAAUUGCAGGAGGCGAUCCAGGCGAUUCAGGUCCACUCAUAAAUGCAGGAGCUUCCGUUGAUAAUGGCCUGCGGCCUUCCUCCAGGAUCCUUUAAGUGACAUGGCGAAACUCACCGUCGUCAAGGAUGAUAUCGAUCAGAAAGUAGGAAUGAGAUAUGGAUGGAGGCACAUAUCUGCAUUUUGUAUCACAACGUUCCAGGUCCGUUGUUCCAUCAUGACUAAUCAAGACAAAUGGCAGCCAGGAUACAGUCCGGACACCAAACAGCUGGAAGCCCAUCCAGGUCAGUCGCCAAAGGGUGGGUCGUUGUUUGUUGUUCAAAAGGCUUGCGUUCUGGUAGACAAAUAUGUGUCUCCACUGGAAAUCACGACCGCUGUGACGAGCACCGACGCCGUUGAUCACUUGCGUAGAAAGAAACCAAGGCUUCGUCCAUGCAUUCAAUUGUUUUGUUCUCUUCACAGAGCACACGUGUCUGGCUCCCAUCGACACGUACAGAGCUCGUAUCAUACGAUUCGAGGUACCAACUCAGAUGCUCAAUGUCAAAUGCUGUGGGGGGAGUAUUCUUCAGAUAACGAGUGCUGACAAAAAGCAGUCGCGUCAUCUCGAUGUUCGGGUUGCGAGAAAUGGAUGCAAAGAAGGGCUGCUAUUCUGGCGAGGGAUCUGUCGACCCGACUGCCCCACCUAUACCUAUAGUCAGCCUUGGAAUCGGCGAUGUGGAAGUAAGACAAAGAAUUGAUUCGUACACACCGCAUCGCUCCCGGUCUAUGCGUGUCGCGAUCAAUGUGUAUCACCGAGCAGCCUGCAACCAACACUGCGAGCUGUGCACUGACUUUUACCACUGUCAAGCCUGUCAACCUCCUGACACGCUCAAUGGGUUAUCCUUCAUUCUCAGCCAGGACGGCGGAUGUGUUGUCACAGGUGCCCCCCAUCGAUACCCACGAGUCGCAGGAAUUCCACCAUGUUUGUGUGUGUGUGUGUGUGUGUGUGUACCUUCUACGUGUACGUGCGUGUUUCCACAGGUGCUGCCCGUCGGUACGUCCGAAUUGUAGUAGCUUUGGCAAUCAUUGUCUUAUUUAUCGGUACCCGCUCGUAUCGCGCUCACAUAUCUAUACACAUGUGUGUACACGUAUCCACCAGGUUUCUUGUUGGUUUCUUGUCGGGUCAAAAAUGCACACAGUAAGCACCCGACAAGCUGUAGGAGUUAUAAGUUUGCUAUGCCGUUUGCUUUUAGGCGUGCUUGCUAUGCCGAGAAAGCCAAUGGGCGGAUAAUUUAGAUGGAAGUAAGCACGCCGCUGUAUCCACAGAUUUUAAAUGAUGGCAUGACAUCGGUCCGUCAGACAGCAAGUACUUGAAGGAG